AUGAGAUGCUUAACUAAAUACCACAAGCAUAAGAGGAGGACGCGUCUUGACCACGCCAUACUCGGGCUUCGAAUCGGGGAACUGCGUUUGCAUCACCGUGGCGGCGGGCAGCGGCCCGUCGCUGGAUCUCGCCAAUUCGGCCCGGGGUUCUACGAAGGCGGGCUGUUUCUCGCGAAAGAGAAAAUUCCCAUUAAAGCCGCUGUUGAUGCCGAGAUUCGCCAGCGAGGGAUUGAGCGUAUGUGGCAAUUGGGCCUAGGAGGUGGGCCUGAAUCGUACCCGGAGAGGCCCGGUGAGCCCGAUUGUAUGUAUUACCUGAGGACGGGAUUCUGUGGAUACAGGAAUCGAUGCCGGUUCAAUCAUCCACGAGACCGUAGUCUGACAAUUGGAGCAUUUCGAGCUGGUGGGGGCGAGUAUCCAGAACGUGUAGGCCAACCUGUCUGUCAGAAGGCCUCUGCUCCAUAUGAUAAUCUCAUCCUCUUGUUGGAUGUAGAAGGGUGGAGCUUUUUACACUACAUGCGGACAGGAACGUGCAAAUUUGGUGUUUCCUGCAAGUACAAGCAUCCAAAGCUUGGAAUUUGGUCUUCAGGCCCAAUAACACUGAACAUUUAUGGAUAUCCUUUGCGGCCGGGAGAAAAAGAAUGUUCAUAUUAUGGAAAGACAGGGCACUGCAAGUUUGGUCUCACCUGUAAAUUUCAUCACCCACAGCCAGCUGGCGUAUCAGUGCCUACACUGGGAAACUAUUUGAGUGGGCCCUCUCCUUCUGUUCAAUAUUCACAACAAUAUGGGGUUAUUCAAGGCAAUUGGCCAGUUGUGAGUCCUGCAAUUCUUCCUGGUUCAUAUGUUCCUGGAAGUUAUAGUCCAGUGCUCUUCCCCCCAAGUUUUCUUCCAGUUUCGGGUUUAACUCCCUAUCCACUGUCUCCUUCAGCGGCUGCAUAUUCGGGACAAUAUAUUUCAGCUGGUAAACCAGAAUGUCAGCAUUUUUUAAGGACUGGAGAGUGUAAAUUUGGGGCUACUUGUAAGUAUCAUCAUCCACCAGAGUGGAGUGAGCAAAAGACUACUUUUGUGCUUAGUCCAAUGGGUCUUCCUUUACGCCCAGGUGCACCACUUUGCUCUCACUAUGCAAAGAACGGAGUUUGCAAAUUCGGGCCCACUUGCAGAUUUGACCACCCAAUGAGGACUCUGAGUUACAGCCCAUCUGCAUCCUCUCUGACCGAUAUGCCGAUUGCCCCUUACCCGGCAAUCUGAAAAUUCGAAUUCCGUAUUAUAAUCACACCCUAAGAGACGUAUAUACCCCUCUAAAAAUCUAGCAAAAAA